UCCCUUUAAAGGAAGCAAUAGGCAAGCAGGGAGCCCGUCAGCUAGUGGUAGAUAUGUCUCUGAGCUCUUAUCUCUGGCCACCAGCUCGAGCCAUUUGGGUGUGGUGUAGAAAAGAGAAAAAAGGGAGAUGGACAGAGGAGCCAGCCCUGCUCUUGCAAGUCUUAACCAGGACCAGAUGGGACACACCCCCUCACGCACCCAGCUGCUGUCCUUGAACGCAUUUAAGAUCUCUACCUCACCUGGAGUUUUGAAGGGACGGGGAAGAGCUAGAUUUUCCGACCUUACUCUCUUUCUGGCAGAGUCUCUGGUCACAGAUGUGGAAGAAGUUUCCAAGGCUGGUCCUGGGUCAAGCAAUGAAAACAGAAUUUAUUCGUGGAGACAGUUUAUGUUCCAUUCAGCUGGAUUGAGGAGACUGAAGAAAGUUGAAGACAGGCUGAUGGGCUCAGCUGGUAGGCUCCACUAUCUCACCAUGACAGCUGAAAAUUCCACUGCUGGAGACCUGGCUCCAGCCCCCCUCAUCACUUGCAAACUCUGUCUGUGUGAGCAGUCUCUGGACAAGAUGACCACACUCCAGGAAUGCCAUUGCAUCUUUUGCACAGCUUGCCUGAAACAGUACAUGCAGCUGGCAAUCCGAGAGGGAUGUGGGUCUCCCAUCACUUGCCCUGACAUGGUGUGCCUAAACCACGGGACCCUGCAGGAAGCUGAGAUUGCCUGUUUGGUACCUGUGGACCAGUUCCAGCUUUAUCAGCGCUUAAAAUUUGAAAGAGAAGUUCAUCUGGACCCCUACCGAACAUGGUGUCCUGUUGCAGACUGUCAGACAGUGUGCCCCGUUGCAUCGAGUGACCCAGGACAGCCUGUGCUGGUGGAAUGCCCUUCUUGCCACCUGAAAUUCUGCUCGUGUUGCAAGGAUGCUUGGCAUGCAGAGGUCUCCUGUAGAGACAGUCAGCCUGUUGUCCUGCCAACAGAGCACGGGAGCCCUGGGAAUUCAAUUGAUGACCAUCGGCUGAAUGCCAUUUCUCAUCGAUUUGUUUCUAGAGCCCUCUUUGGGACAGAUGCAGAAGCUCCCAUUAAGCAAUGCCCAGUUUGCCGGGUUUAUAUCGAACGCAAUGAAGGCUGUGCUCAGAUGAUGUGCAAAAACUGUAAGCACACGUUUUGCUGGUACUGUCUCCAGAACUUGGACAAUGACAUUUUCCUCAGACAUUAUGACAAAGGGCCUUGCAGAAAUAAACUAGGCCACUCGAGAGCAUCAGUGAUGUGGAACCGAACACAGGUGGUAGGGAUUCUCGUAGGCUUGGGCAUCAUUGCCUUGGUGACUUCACCUUUGCUGCUCCUGGCCUCCCCAUGUAUAAUCUGUUGUGUUUGCAAGUCCUGUCGGGGCAAGAAGAAAAAGCACGACCCAUCCACAACCUAAAGAUUUCCGUGUUCACACGCCCGAGAUGUGUGAAUUACAUGAGCUGGCACAGUGAUAAAGCCCCACUUAGUGACCUUGCCUCCUCCUCCUUCCCAACUUUGAAAGUGCCUCUGUUGACCUUGUCUCCCAGCCUUCAGCAUCGGGAAAGGCCGAAUCCUGGGUGUGCGUGUUCCUGUGUAAUGAGAACUGGGCUUGACAGUCCAGCUGUGUCUAUGGAGCAUGUCGGGAGCUUUGGGCUUGCUUGGGAUGAAUGAACAUAUCAUUUUAUCAUCCAAAGGAUCUCACUGGACUGUUCAACAUCCAACAAAAUUCAAGGAGCCUGAGUGAACAUUUGAUGUAACCGGUGUGUUGUAGUUGGCAGCAUGCAAGAUAACCGAGAAGCCAGAGCCUGUUCUGUGUUGAUUAGACUACCACGAGAAACACAGGAGAAACCUGAGAAGGAGGAGAAGGAUAAGACUGUGUAAGGAGAAAUCCUCGUAGGAGCCGUAAAGCAGGCUGCCAAUCUCAGCAGUUGAUAUGGUGGUUGUGCCUCUGCUGGCUACUGGGUGUGCUGUCCCCAAUGUUCCCGCUAUGAUUUGGCAGAAACACAAUAGGUUUCUCCUGUGUGAUCUCAGCUUCAAGAAGGAGAAACUGCUGUGCAGAGGGAGUUGUCCUUUUUCAGUAAAAGAGUUGCAGACUGUUAAACAAUAUGGUCUAAUUUAGUGUCUCUCCCUUGGCAAAUGUAAGUUUUCCGAGUUGGCCAGCUUGUCUCUUACAGCCGGUAGCUGUGGUCUACAAAAUUGUUUCAUACAAAAUACGGGUAGAGUGAUAGUUUCAAAACUUUUGUCAUAGGUAACCGGGACCUUUCUAGGGGUCUGUGUUCACACAUCCAAUAGAUUUGGAAUCGGGUCUAAGAGUACACAUGGAUGGUAAAUAUUAAAGUGUAUAUCAUGUACAUCUAGAAUCCAUGUGACUUGCAGCCUACCUGUAAUUUCUAUCCAUUGAGCAUGCAUGGAUAUACCCAAUAGCACACACAAAAUAAAUGUUUACUUAAAAGCCAUUCUAUCCUUCUGUGCCUGAAAUGUUUAUUGCAAAUCUGCCUAAAGAUUUUUUGCAUAUUAUAUAUGUGAAUUUGGGUUGUAAGUUCAUAACUUACCCAAGGGCAUAGACUCCUAACUCUUUUAAAACAGUGCUUAGUACAAUAUCCUGCCAUCUCUGUUUGUAAAAACACUAAUGGAUAAGUGAGUCAUUUAUGUUUUCAAACACAGAGCAGCUCUUUUCUCAGCAUAAUUUAUUGCUCUUUCAGCAUCUGUUAGGACAGUCUGAAUACUUUCUAUGUUAUAAGGCACUGAUAAAACAACAAAAACAUGUAAGAAAUAAAAUAGAAACGCUUUAUAUAUUUUAGUUUAAAUUUAUCACCUCAUUGUUACUUUUUUUCCAUUAUACCAUGAGUCAGAUUUGAAUAACGAGGUUUUGAAACAAUAAAACCUUUUCUCCAAUGACAGGAUUAUUUAACUGCUAUUGGCAAUGCAGCCUGGUGCUUUGUGAGACCUAUGCUAAAUGUUACUGGAGAGUUCUUGAAGCCAGGGAUGCCAUAUCAGGAACUAUUCAGGAUCUAUGGUAUAUUCUGAGGUAACUGGGUAAUAGAAUAUCAAAUUGCUGCUAUCUCUGACCUAUUAUUAACGGAUGAUGCUUUGCCUAUGUAAUAGGAUGUAUCCUAAGUGGGGAUGUAUAUAUUUAAGGAACUUUAAUUCACAUGUAUAUAUUGAUAUCUGAUGUAUGUGUAGUACAUCUAUUGGUCAUGUACGUUUUAAUUUACGUGUUAUAUAGAAUAUAGAUGAGAACUCUGGGAAAACUUGGGAAGGGCAGCCAACCAAAAUCAUUUUUAAUCAUUUAUUAGAAAUUUCUCAAUAUUGUGUCUUUAUUUUCUUUUGAAACUCUAAAUACUUCAGAAAAAAAAAACUCUAUUCUAUCAGUGUAAUUCAUAUUAGUAUAAUUAUAGAUUCACAUAUAUUUGAAUAGUUAAUUUGCUUUGUUUUACACAGAGCCUACUGCCUCAUUAUAGGUAAAAGGCAUUUGUAACUGCUCAGGGGAUUACAGGAACUCAGCUGCAACUGAAUUUUUGUAACAAGCAUGUUAAUAGUGGCAAUAUCCUCUGUUAGUAAACUCUUUAAGCUUGGUGCCACAAAGAGUCUUUAAACAGGGGCUGAUUUUGAGUAACCUAAAAUGCUUUGUUAUCACAGGAUGGAAGAAAAUAUGUAUGCUAUUUCCUUGGCAAAUUGAAGGAAUUUGCUGCCUUACAGAGAUAGUAUCACCGAAUUAGCUGCUUACUUUUUGGCCAGGGCUAGGGAAUGGGGGUUGUUUGUCAAACUGUUUUUCAAGAACUAGAUUUAAUUUUUUUUUUUUUUAAUGUUGGGAAGUACCUGAAAAAUGGUAAAUUCUUUUGAAAUGUGUGUGAGAUUGUCAGAAUCAACAAAACCAGGCUGGUUAAACAUUUCUGGUGCCCUAGAGACUGUUUACAAAGGAGAGAGCUGGCAACGUGUUUUUUUCUUUUUUUGGACAAGGUCUCUCUUUGUCACCCAGGCUGGAGUGCAGUGGCGUGAUCAUGGUUCACUGCAACCUCUGCCUCCUGGGCUCAAGUGAUCCUCCCACCUCAGCUUCCUGAGUAGCUGGGACUACAGGCACACACCACUACACCUGGCUAAUUUAUGUAUUUUUUGUAGAGAUGUGCUUUCUCUGUAUUGCCCAGGCUUGUCUUAAUCUCCUGGGGUCAAGUGAUCCACCCACCUUGGCCUCCCAAAGUGUUGGGGUUGCAGGCAUGUGUGUCACCAUGCCUGAGAGCUGACAAUUUUAACCAACAACUUUGGUAACAGAGGCUGAUAUUCUUGUUUUAGUUAAUUGGCCAGCAACAGAGUUUACCCAUGCCUCCUCUCUCAGUCUGCCAGCUUUGUUCUUUCCUAGUGAUUCUCGUUCUGUAUUAAGAGGAAGUAUGAGGUCUCCAUAUGGUUGUUUGGAUGCUAAGACAAGAAUCUUUUUGUGUUUAGAGUAUAGAAAUAAAAAAUCCAUCACCAAACUGUAAUCUGGAUAUAAUAGCCCAGCAUCCAGAAAUCCUAUGGGAUGUUAUUACCACAACAUCUUGCCAUUAUCCCAUCUAGGAAAUUUUCUCUUGUUUUGAGGUAGGGAAGUGAGGAGAAAAGCCACGUGGAAGCAAAUGUUAGAAUCUUAGGCGUCCUAUUUGUUCAUGCCAUGGGUAUUUGCUUUGGACUUGGAGUCUGUACUUUGAAAGAGGCCUUUGAACAAUAAUUUAGUGUGAAUUUUCUUGUAGCCUGCUUCAUGAAAAUAUCACCCAGGUUUGCAAGUGUACAUGUUUAUUUGAAUGUAAAUCACUGUUAUUUGGAACCCUAUGUUUUUUGUUAAAAAUUAUUCUGAAUCUAAAUAUGUGUUACUUUAGCCUUCCUUACACAAUGCUUAUAAAAGACUUUUCUUUCUGUUCAUGAGUGGAUGCCUGUAUGUGAUAGUUGUGUGUAUUUGUGUAGCUUUAAGGACAAUUUCAGAAAUGCAUUAGAUGAAUGACAUUUUAUAAAGCGAUCACAAUUGAUUUCUACAGGCUAUUAUGUUUCAUGUUGAUUCAUGAUCCAGGAAGUUUUAUGUAUUUAAAAAAUUGCUAUUGUGUUCUAUUUUUCCAAUGUUGGGGGAAGAAAAUAGCUGUUUUAGUGUUUCUAGCCACAAUAAAUGUGAGCAGGAAAU